CCGAGCAGCAGCCCGCGUCGGCCGAGAGCACCCGGGAGGCGCAGCCGGGGUCGGAGCCGGAGCGGGAGCGGGAGCGGCAGCCGCGAUGGCCGUGGCCGUGGGGAGACCGUCUAAUGAAGAGCUUCGAAACCUGUCCCUUUCUGGACAUGUUGGAUUUGACAGUCUCCCUGACCAGCUGGUCAAUAAGUCUACUUCUCAAGGAUUCUGUUUCAACAUCCUGUGUGUUGGUGAGACAGGCAUCGGCAAAUCCACGUUAAUGGACACUUUAUUCAACACGAAAUUUGAAAGUGACCCAGCUACUCACAAUGAACCAGGUGUCCGGUUAAAAGCCAGAAGUUAUGAGCUUCAGGAAAGCAAUGUACGGCUGAAGUUAACCAUCGUUGACACUGUGGGAUUUGGAGACCAGAUAAAUAAAGAUGACAGCUAUAAGCCAAUAGUGGAAUAUAUCGAUGCCCAAUUUGAGGCCUACCUGCAAGAGGAAUUGAAGAUCAAACGUUCUCUCUUCAACUACCACGACACCAGGAUCCAUGCAUGCCUCUACUUCAUUGCCCCCACCGGCCAUUCCCUGAAGUCUCUGGACCUAGUCACCAUGAAAAAGCUGGACAGCAAGGUGAACAUCAUUCCAAUAAUUGCAAAAGCUGACACUAUUGCCAAAAAUGAACUGCACAAAUUCAAGAGUAAGAUCAUGAGUGAACUAGUCAGCAAUGGAGUCCAGAUAUAUCAGUUCCCUACAGAUGAAGAAACAGUGGCAGAGAUUAACGCAACAAUGAGCGUCCAUCUCCCAUUUGCUGUGGUCGGCAGCACCGAGGAGGUGAAGAUUGGCAACAAGAUGGCAAAGGCCCGGCAGUACCCCUGGGGUGUGGUGCAGGUUGAGAAUGAAAACCAUUGUGAUUUUGUGAAACUUCGAGAGAUGCUGAUCCGUGUGAACAUGGAAGAUUUGCGAGAGCAGACUCACACCCGCCAUUAUGAACUGUAUCGGCGCUGUAAGCUCGAGGAGAUGGGGUUCAAGGACACUGACCCUGACAGUAAGCCUUUCAGUCUUCAGGAGACCUAUGAAGCAAAAAGAAAUGAAUUCCUGGGAGAACUUCAGAAGAAAGAAGAAGAAAUGAGGCAAAUGUUUGUGAUGAGAGUGAAGGAGAAAGAAGCUGAACUUAAAGAGGCAGAGAAAGAGCUUCAUGAGAAGUUUGACCUCCUGAAGCGGACACACCAGGAAGAAAAGAAGAAAGUGGAAGACAAGAAGAAGGAACUGGAGGAGGAGGUGAACAAUUUCCAGAAGAAGAAAGCAGCAGCUCAGCUACUACAGUCCCAGGCACAGCAGUCUGGGGCCCAACAAACCAAGAAAGACAAGGAUAAGAAAAAUGCAAGCUUCACAUAAAGCCUGGCAAGCCAAGGAUGGUCCCGCAUUCACCUGCUUUUGCAGUAAUAUUGUAUCUCUGCCAUCUGUGUCCUUUUAUUUUAUUUUUUUUUUUACCCUUCCCCAGACACCAGUAACUAUUAACUCAUUUCGCUAAAUGUUGUUGGGUAGUGAAAAAUGGUAGAACAAGAGAAUAACACCAACAGCUAUGUGCAGCUGGACUUUGUUUCUGGAAAGUAAAUGAUUUGCCUUUUAUGCCUGUUCAGAGUGGCAGCAGGAAGCAUGCCUGUUGCUUGUAUGUUGCUUUGGACCGAGGGACGGAGGGUCAAUGGCUCCAUGUACGUCUGUCAGGAGAACUUCUCACCGCCUCAGCAGCUGAACUAUAACCCCGAAUACCAUGACAACAAUUUGCCUUUCUUGAUUUCUCAUCUCCAUGGUGGCAGAAGCCCUGAACUCACUCUGCCUCUUUCCACACCUACCCCAACCCAAGGUAGCUUCGUAUGGAGGCAGAAUGAUGGUUCAACUUUUUAGGACUUUUACAUUUGCAUGGAUUUUUCAUUACUAUGAUAACAUUAUUUGACCUGUGUUGUGGGUCUCAUCAGAUUGUCCCCUCUUACAGCUUUAAAAAUGUUUCUGAACCACCCCCCCCCCCUCAGAUCCUGGCCAAGUUGGACCAUAAUGAGAAAGCUGAUCAUGUUCCCUUUUAUCAGCACAUUGACCCUCUCAUAGAGACCUGCAAGGUCAGGUCAGGUAACAUUGCCUAGUGGGCUGCCCACAGCCUCCCUUUGCUUGUAGUAAGUUAGCACUCUUUCAUACUCUCUGUGGGCAAUAGCUGAUUCUAGGACAUCAGAAUUUCAGAUAAUACUUUUCAAUAAUCAUGAGACAAUUUUCAGAAAUAUAUUAAAUAGAAAAUUUGUUAUAAACUCUGUAUCAUUUGCAGCACCAAUUCUGAGGGGACCUUGUCAAUUCCAGGUAGGCAUGGGAAGGAACGUAUAACACAAGCCCAUGAGUGGAAAAGGUAGAAAUUCAACGGCACAUCCAGCAUCCUUGCAUGGGCUCCUUCCCAUAUCUGGCAAUAAAGGGAAGAAGCAAUAGAAGAGCUGACCUUGCAAAUCCAGUUGUCUUGAAGGAAUCUCCUCACCUUUUCGCUCACCAUGACUAGCUCGACCCGAGCUCUGCAUCCAAGCAUCGUCCCGCCACAGGGAUUAGGGCCAAUGCACACACCGUGACAGACUACAUACCACAUUCGUAUGGGGGGGCAUGUUUAAUCUGCCUUCUCUAUCCCUUUGUGAGGCUUAUCUUUUCAUCAUCUUGAUUCCCCCUCUGCUAACAAGAUUGUGCCGCCUCCUAACUCUAUAGUCUCCUGCUCCUCACUUGAAAGAAUAAUACAUCUCAUGAACUUGCUGCUCACAUCUGCACUUCCUUCUGGCCACCAUUAGCUGUACUUUCGGUAAACAGAGUGGAAUAUGCUGUACCCUACCCCCCCACCACACCAUUUUUUUUUUUUUUUUUUAAUAAGUCUUUAGUUGAUUCCAAUAAAGUUUUCUUCCCUUCUCAUCCUCAACCAUGCUUUUCAGGGAAAGAUUUUAUGAUUUUUCAUGAAUUGAUUUGACCUAUAAUUAGGCAAAGUAAAAAUUCAGUUUCACUGAAGGCCAAAGCUAGAAACUGCCAAAUAGAAGCAGCAGUGGGGGUAUAAAGACAGGUUUAGGAGCCAGUGGACUAAUGGUUUUAUUUUGCUUUGUUUUUUAAUUAUUCUAGUCCAACACUAGUACUGGAGCAGCCAAAUACUAGAUGGCAUGCCGAUUCUAACCAUGGCUGAAUUUGCUCAUAUGCUGUGCACCAGACAAAAGCUUGAAUACUUGUGUGCUUGUCCCAACCGCUGCUUGUGUAAGCAUUUUUGUGCCUUGUAACAGUACACUUCUAAAGUCCAAAAAUGGUCACUUUAAAAUUAUCAUUUUUAAUGCAUCACUAAAGCCUUUUCAAAAGUGAGCCUUGCUGUGAAAGGCAUCCAGCUGACUUUUUGAUUCCAAGAUUGUUGAUUGGUUAUUCCCCACCCCAGUGAAAAUUUUCACAACAAAAUAAACCAUAUGGAGAGUCAGGGAAUAAAAAGUCAAAAGAAAGUUCUAGAAGCUUUUUUUUUUUUUUCUUUUAAUAUGUUGCUUCUGAACUCUUUUCUGCCCCCACUCCCUGGCCCCGUUUGGUUUGUUGCUGCCCUUCUCUUCUUUCUGUAUCUGUGCCUUUUUUCACAGUAGUCCUUGGCUCUGCACGGAAUAAAUGAUACCCUCAAAUCUAAUUGGAUGUGCUUUCGCCUUUGCAUGUAAGUACAGUAGUAAGAAAACUUUGGGAUCUUUCUGACUUUUUUAAAUUAGAGAAACAAAUGGGAUAGAUGGAUUUUAUUUUUUUCCUUCUUGGAGGGAGGUAAGGAGGUAAUGGUUUGAGUAGCCUUUAUUUAAAAAAGACACUAAAUAUAUUUAAAGUAGCCACAUUUGUACCUUUUCCACAAGAAAUUCAACUUUUCCUUGAUACCAGUAUGAAAGUCAGAAAUUAUUCUUCCUAGGCUGUGUCCUACACAGUAUUGUGGGCAUCACUGGAUAUUACAGAGGGCCCUUGGUUCUGAGUUUGUAAUAAAGUUAGUAUAAAAAACUACCAGCUUUCCUUUGCAGAAAUCCAAGAGGAUAAUAUUUUUUAUGUUAGAUUGCCUUUUUAUGCCUGCUUACUUUUUUGAUGAUCUUGGUUUAAUGGUUUUCCCUCCUGCUAACUGCUGGCAGUGAACACUUUUUUUUUUUUUUUUUUUUUUUCAGUCAGAAGCUCUAAGUAGCCUCUCCCCAUAGUUUCUGCUCAACCUUAAUGACCAUUGCUUCUGGACUUCAGGUCCCUGUAACAGUUGUAUAGAAUGUAGAAUGUGAUGGAAAAACAUUUGUGAGAAUUUUCUGGCAGUUAGAGACUAUGUUUUCCCAGCCUAGGCUCCUUAUUGGUCAGUUUGUCCAGAAAAUGCAUCUCAACCAGGGGAGCAUUUAAUGUCACACUGGGCACAGGUUACUUACUAUCUUCCUUCUCUGCUUUGUAAUAUCACCAGCAAUAACACUUAUUCUUCAUAUCUUGUGCACCUCAAAUGGAUUGAGUUUCUUCACUUUCUUGACAUAUCCAUAAGUGUUUCACAUACAGACUGUUGAAUUUGGGUUUCAGCUGUUACCAACCCAUGUCAUACUGUCUCUGUGUAGUCCUUCCAAACCGUCCUUUCAGAUCCCUCUGCUUUGCCAUUUGCAAGUGUCUGAAAUCAUCAAGUCUCUGCUUCCAGAAGUCUUGGUUCCAUUGACAGGAUACAUAAGUGAUGACUCUUUAGUAGAAAUUAUGACCUACAAAGUCUAGAUUGUAUGUAGGUAUGAAGGGAAUUUUCUAAAUAAAAGCUGUGAACAGCAUUAGAACUUUGUCUAUUUCUUAAUUUUAAAAUAUGCUGAUAUGCCUUAAACUGUAGUUGUAGAUCAUUGUCAUUUUGCUGUUUGAAAAUAACCAAUGUGUUUCUAAAAGUGUUGUGUAAUCUACCUUUGGUGUUAAUACAGAAUUGUCAUAUAUGUAAGCUGCAUGUUAGACACUUGUCUUUUUUAAAAACUAAAAUAAUUGUAUCGAUAUGAAGUAUAUCAUUUUUUCAAGUAAGAAAGUAAUCACUUAGCAAAUAUGCUCAGUAAUUUGGUGUCUGUUAAGGUAGGAGAGUGGUGGACAGGUAAUCUAUGCAUAUAUCACUAGUGCCAAGACACAAAGUGGGGGAAAAUAUAUUUUUACCCAAACAA